CCAAUUGGAAUGGAGCGUGUUGCAGCGGUACCGAACGUGCACCUCCCUGCUGGACUCCUCUCUACACGCUGGGAUAUAAGGCCGAGAGGUCUAGUCGUCGCAUCCUAGAUAAAGUGGGCUCUUCUCUCCAGGACUGCCUCGAGUUUGCGGUAGCCACGCCAGACAGUCCCAGCACUAACUAUACUGGCACCACCAAUUCAACAUGGACUACACGUAUUUUAGCACCCAGCAGCAGCCGCAGCAGCAGCAGCCCUACCACCACUAUAUGGACAUGGCCUCCAACCCGUUCCCCCACACUGGAGUCGAUCCAGGGACCAUCCGAAGCAUAGAGCCUCUCGAUGCCGGCCUGUUCCCAACCUCGUAUGAUGCCUUUGCCUUCCACGGCCUGCCCACCCCGCACCAGGGCUCGCCCGAGGGCGGACUAGCACAAACACCCAUGCCCGUCGACAGCCUGGAUUCGGGCCUGGGAGGGGACGUCGAGGAUGGCCGCGGAAGCAGGACGCGCAGCAGCAGCGAGGAGAAGGAGGGUCUGAACCUGACGCCUGCCCAGAGCAGAAGGAAGGCGCAGAACCGGGCAGCCCAACGCGCCUUCCGCGAACGCAAGGAGCGCCACGUCCGCGACCUGGAGACCAAGCUCUCCACACUAGAAAACAGCAAGCACUCGCUGCAAUCCGACAACGACCGCCUCAAACAAGCCCUGCAACGCGCCCGCACCGAGAACGAGAUCCUACGCGCCACGGCCGGCUCGCCCCCCUCGUCCCGCCCAGUCUCCGUCAGCUAUCCCUCCCCCGGCGCACACCUCCCCGACGAGGACGCCAACGACGACGGGUACAACGUGCAAGUGCUCAACAACGGCAGCGUGCUCAACGCCGCGGAUAAAGACCACGUUGCUUCGCGCCAACAGUCAAAGGGCAAGGAGAUCCCCGCCGCGCAGGCUUGGGACUACAUACAGUCCCACCCCCUCGUCAAGCAGGGCCUGGUCGACAUCGUGGAUGUGUGCGAGCGGCUCAAAGGCGCGACAAAGUGCGAUGGCCAUGGUCCUGUUUUCGAGGAGAGCACCAUAUGGCACGCUGUUGAAGAGUCGCGACGGUGUGGUGGGGACGAGCUCAUCUGAUUGAAUACCUCCCCUCCUUCGUACACUUAUGCUGAGCUUCUUAGCAUCUUUUUGGUCGCUUCCUUUUCUCCUCUUCCUUAUACCCCCUACGUCUGCGUAUUUUCCACAACCGAUGCGAUUGCGCUCGGCGAGACUUGAUUCUUGGCGUUUGGGCAUCUUAGCAUUAUGAGUCUUUCCUCUAAUGGGGAUUCUUGAGGCGUGCGUGGUUAUGGGAGAUCCGGGCAAUAUGACGAAAACUUACUAUGGUGAGGGUUGCUAUGAUUUGUAUGUUGUCUGGCGCUUGUCUAUCUAGUACUUUGGAGUAUUUUGCAAAAUUGCUAAAAUCUUAUCAUUCUGUGAUCGAAAGCUUAUAGUCAUGUCAGCGGUGUAAAUCUGUAUGUGGGUGAUGCAUAGUGGCGGAUUGGAUGGAAGUCAGGAGCUGCACUAGAUUUGC